AUGCAAAAUAACGAGCUAAAAAAUAAUUUAGCAUAUAUUUUAGCAAACUUUUGUUUUUUGGUUGAAGUCAUAAAAAAAUUAGAAACAUCGAAUCUCACAUUAGUUGAAAGCCUAGAAAUAGUGGAAAAUGCAGCAAAUACACUUAGUGAAGUCCAAGGAGAAUCUGGAGUGAUAAUAAAAAAUAAAUUAAAUUACGUACUAGCUAAAAAUGUUGGUUUACAACACAUAAAAACUAUUAGAAAUAUUCUUCUAAAUACAAAUGAAAACAAUCAAUGGAUAUUGAAUUUGCACCAUCUGAUAUAUCAAAUAUGA